UUGUCGCGGCAAUUUUAAAGUCCAAUGGGCAGUGCCCAAAUCUAGUUGGCGUUGUUCAAUGAUGGACACAACAAACUCAGACCAUUGGCAGUUACGUCGGAUAGGUAACCCAGCAACUUGUCCAUUAGUUCUGGACGUGUUUCCAUUAAAAGAAGGUACCCUGACCUUUGGCAGAAACCAGAAGAAUGAUUAUUUUUUGGAUUCUCGACGUUUGAAGAAUUUCAUUUCUCGCACUCAUGCAGAAAUUAUUGGUUACUAUGGAGACAGUGGAUUGGAGUUUAAAAUCCGGGAGAAAGGCCUGAAUGGAACGUUUAUUAACGAUAUCAGGAUUCAAGGGUCCUGUGUCCUCGAAGAAGGCGACAAAGUUACGUUCGGUCAUACAAAUGGCUACAAGAUUCAGCCGGGAGAAUACUCAGUUCAGCAUAAUUCAGAAUUUGAGUUUGUUUUUGAGCGUGUUUCCACGACCAUGUGCAAGCAGCACAAACUUCCAUCGAUUCACGACUACAAUGAUCGCAGCGAGUGCUUACAACAGAGCUGUGACUGUAAGAUCAAAGAAUUUCCGCACUGCAAAGUGAAACCUGCUGAUUCACCGAACAUCGCAAAACUCCACCUGACACACGAAAACACACUGUCCUAUGUUGGUAGUAGUCCCGGACCAGAACUUAUGACCAAAGACGGACCACAGUCUGAAUUUACGAAAAAUAGUCCCGUAUUAAACCACCAAAGUGAAAAUGAAAGUAAGAACUCUGUGAAAGAAACGUUUGACGAGGAUGCCAGUUUCGUUUGCGAUGAUGCCCGGUUCAUUCAGGAGGUGUGUUUGGAAGAUGGGUCGGAUUCUUCAGAAGAGGACCCCGAGAUUCAGAUUUUAGAAAAUGGAGAGCGGGAAGGGGUCAGACACUCAUCCGGCGAUAGUAAUUGGUGUGACAGUGUGGAUGGGUUUCAUUCGGAUAAUAACUUGGAAACUGCUACUGCUGAAUUACAAGACCCUACCGAGAAACUGGUUUCUACAGAUUACGACGUUAAUGAGAAUUUAAGAGCUAAGGAUGUGUCGUUAGAGGUGUUGCAAACUUGUGAUGAAACGAAAGACGUUAUGGUCCCGUUUCAAAGACAAAGUCCGUGUAAUUUUGUUCAGGAAAGUACGCCGGACGAGAGUUUGCUAAAGGCGACUUUACAAGAUAUACAGAAUUUAGAUCAAGUGACAAAUAGGUCUAAGAUUGUUCCUGUAACAAAGCAUUCGGAACCUCAGCAUAUUCACAAGUCAUCAAACAUAAAAAAAGACAACAAAGAAACGAGAGAGUUGGUAGUGAAAAAGAACCAAGCAAUUGAGGUGAAAUCACAGUCAAACAACAAACGAAAGAAAGCUCAGCCAAAGACGAGACGGAAGAAGAGAAGAAACCCGCACUCGGACAGCGAGUCAGAUGAACUGGAGGACGGGGUAGAGUGGUAUGACAACGAAACGUGUGCGUCCGCCAGCUGUACAAGACCGAGAGCUAAACGUGUCGCUUGGGUGCAGUGUGACGACUGUGACCAAUGGUACCACACAGCAUGUGCUGACUGCAGCUACGAGAUGGUCAAAGACUCCAAGAUGCAGUUCCACUGUGGAUGUUGAUCAUAGAUACACAUGUAUAUACACAAGAGUGCUUCAUUCCCCUUCCUAAUCUCACCGUUCAUAUUCAUUACUGGAUAUUGACCAUAGAUACGCUAUAUUCAUUACUGGAUAUUAACCAUAUAUACACUUCAUUUUCCUUACCAAGAUGCAGUUCCAUUGUGGAUGUUGAUCAUAGACACACAUGCUGAUACACGAGAGUGCUUCAUUCCCCUUCCAAAUUUCAUCAUUCAUAUUUAUUAGAGGAUGUUGAUCAUAGAUAUAUACAGAGUGGUCCACUCAGCUGACUCAAUUUACCGUUCAUCUUCAUUGCUGGAUGUUUAUCAUAAGAUACAUGUUGAUACACAAAGUGCUUCAUUCCCCUUACUAAACUCACCGUUCAUCUUCAUUAGAGGAUGUUGAUCAGAGAUAUACACAGUGGACCAUUCAUCUGACUAAACUUAACGUUCAUCUUCAUUAGAGGAUGUUGAUCAUAGAUAUUCACAGUGGACCAUUCAUCUGACUAAACUUAACGUUCAUAUUCAUUAGUGGAUGUUUAUAACAGAUCAGGGGUCUAAUUCUCUAAACUCCCGCAACUUUGCAAUCUCGCUGUGCAGUGCUUUUAUGAAUUGGGUCCCAGUAAUUGACAGGGUUAGCACUGGCACUCACCAAAUUCGCCAACUGCAAAUUUUAAAAGCAGUUGACAAAUUUUAUUUUAAUUUGGCGAAAAUAAUUACAUGUAAUAAUUGACAUUUUGUUUCAGAAUUUUAUCAUCCAUUAAAGGCUUUUAUAGGGGAUAUCGCUGGCAUUAUAAUUUGCAAUAUUGUCCUAAGAGAUAUCGCUUCUGAUAAUUUUGAUUGGUCAAAUUUUAAUCACAAGACAUUAUUUUGUUAGGUCACUGUGCAUGUUUCAGCGCUAAACCUAUCACUAGUGAUGUCACGCCAUUG